GAGUGCUUUUCCUUCAUUAGCAUAUUGCAAUAGCAUGCCUAGAGAUAGAGAUCCACUGGUAGUUGGUAGGGUUAUAGGAGAUGUUUUGGACUCUUUUACAAAGUCUAUUGCUCUCAGGGUGUCCUACGGUGCUAGGGAGGUUAACAAUGGCAUUGAGCUCAAACCUUCUCAAGUUGUGAACCAGCCUAGGGUUGAUAUCGGCGGGGAUGACCUCAGGACUUUCUACACUUUGGUUAUGGUGGAUCCUGAUGCCCCCAGCCCAAGUGACCCCAACCUCAGGGAAUACUUGCACUGGUUGGUAACUGAUAUUCCAGCCACAACUGGUGCAAGCUUUGGGCAAGAAGUAGUGUGCUACGAGAGCCCGCGGCCUACGGUUGGGAUCCACCGCUUCGUGUUUGUGUUGUUCCGGCAGCUGGGAAGGCAAACGGUGUACGCACCGGUGUGGCGCCAGAAUUUCAAGACCAGAGACUUUGCUGAGCUCUACAAUCUCGGCCUGCCGGUGGCUGCCGUUUAUUUCAACUGCCAGAGGAGAGUGGCUCCGGUGGCCGUCGGUUACAAUAGUAUUACUUACUUCCUGUAAAAACAAACACUUUAAUAUGAUACGCAGAGCUACAAAACCUACUAGUGCCGUAUAUUUUCAUCAAUUCUCUCACAAUAUGGCAUGUAAUUCUGAAGGAGCAA